GAGCUAAGGGCCGGUUCUACGGCGUCCGGCGUCGCCGCCAUCUUUGUUGAUGUGUCAGCUCUGUUGGGGUUUGGGGAAAACUGUGGCGGGUGAAGAUUAAGGUUCCCGGCCUUCCUCAUCGCGCCUCCCCCCCAGUCCGAAUUGAACCCCUACUCCCUUGGCCUUCCAGACAUCGCUAUGGAGAGGUUGACAACUUAGCUAAUUGCCUCACUGCCGGAUUUAUAACAAGGAAAAAUCAGAAGAUCAUAAGAAAUGCAGAGUGAAUUGGUGCCGGUUAGCUUGUCUGAGACAGAGAAUAGACCUUCCAUUUUAUCAGAUAGAACCAUUGGCUGUGCAUCUACAACAAAAGAAGGUUCUACAAGCUGCUUUUCUGGAGAUGAAGAGAGCAGCUUAAAUGACGACUCUAAACUGUUUCCAUCAAAAAAAGAGAUGACUUCACUUUCAUUUCCUGAAGGUGAUCAAAUUGAAGCAAAAAAGGGUUUCUCACCAGAUCAUAGUGGAGUUGGAAUUUCUUGUACAAAAGCAGACACAUAUGAAGAAAAAUCUCAGAGAAUAGCUCAUUUUCCUAGUGGAGAUUUUGCAGAACAAGUAACAAAGACAAAUGAUACAGAACAAACACUAACAGAAAUAUUGCAAGAAUUAAAUUCACCUAAGCUUACAGAAACAUCUAGUGAAAAGACUUAUUCAGAAAGUCUAUAUGAUACAGAUUGCACCAAGAAACUUAUUUCAAGAAUACAAAAUGUUUCAGCACAAGAAGACUUGUUGGAAGAAAUUGAAUCUGAGCUCUUAUCUGCAGAACUUUCAAAUGAACAUAGAGUACCCAAUGGUAUGAAAAAAGGUGAACACGCUUUAGUUAUGUUUGAAAAAUGCGUACAAGAUAAGUAUCUGCAGCAGGAGCAUACUAUAAAAAAGUUAAUUAAAGAAAACAAGAAACAUCAGGAACUUAUUUUAGAAAUUUGUUCAGAAAAAGACAACCUAAGAGAAGAACUUAAAAAACGAACAGAAACAGAGAGACAACAUAUAAACAUAAUUAAACAGUUAGAAGCAAGAAUAGAGGAACUCAAUAAAGACAUUAACAUUUCCAAAGAAAAACUUGUAACUCAAGAUGCUGCAGCCAAAAAUACAAUUCAGCAAUUACAUAAAGAGAUGGCUUUUCGAAUGGAACAGGCAAACAAGAAAUGUGAAGAAGCUCGCCAAGAAAAAGAAACAAUGGUGAUGAAGUAUGUCCGAGGUGAAAAGGAAUCUUUAGAUCUUAGGAAGGAAAAGGAGGGACUUGAGAGAAAACUCAGAGAUGCAAAUAAAGAAAUUGAGAAACAUGUUAACAAAGUUAAACAACUUUCUCAAGAAAAAGGAAGACUACACCAGCUUUAUGAAACAAAGGAAAGUGAUGCCACUAGAAUGAGCAGAGAAAUUGACAAAAUGAAGGAAGAUAUCAACUCUCACAUCAUCAAAGUAAAAUGGGCACAAAACAAAUUAAAAACUGAAAUGGAUUCACACAAGGAAACCAAAGAUAAACUCAAAGAAACAACAAUAAAAUUAACUCAGGCCAAAGAAGAGGCCGAUCAAAUAAGGAAAAAUUGUCAAGAAAUGAUAAAAACAUAUCAAGAGUCAGAAGAAAUUAAAUCAAAUGAACUAGAUGCAAAACUCAAAGUCACAAAAGGAGAACUAGAAAAACAAAUGCAGGAAAAAUCUGAUCAGCUAGAGAUGCAUCAUGCCAAAAUAAAAGAAUUAGAAGAUUUGAAGAGGACAUUUAAGGAAGGUAUGGAUGAACUACGCACACUAAGGAUAAAGGUGAAGUGUCUAGAAGAUGAACGGUUAAGAACAGAAGAUGAAUUAUCCAAAUAUAAAGAGAUUAUUAACCGCCAAAAAGCUGAAAUUCAAAAUUUGUUGGAUAGAGUUAAAAUCGUAGAGCAGUUACAAGACGAACUUCAAAGAGGGAAACAAGAAAUUGAAAACUUAUCUGAAGAAGUGGGAAGUCUGAAUUCUUUGAUUAAUGACCUACAAAAAGACAUUGAAGGCAGUAGAAAAAGAGAAUCUGAGUUGUUGCUAUUUACAGAAAAAUUAACUAGUAAGAAUGCCCAGCUUCAAUCUGAAUCUAAUGCUUUACAGUCACAAUUUGAUAAACUCUCCUGUAGUGAAAGUCAGUUACAGAGUCAUUGUGAACACAUGAGGCAGACUAAUACUGAUUUGGAAAGUAGGUUGUUAAAAGAAGAAGAACUUCGAAAGAAUGAAAGCCAUGCUUUGCAAGCAGAACUGUCUUCUAGACAAAAAGAAUUAAAAGCAUUAAAUACACAAGUAGAAGAACUAAAAGAUGAACUAGUUACCCAAAGACGUAAACAUGCUUCAAAUCUCAAAGAUCUCACCAAACAACUUCAGCAAGCACGAAGAAAAUUGGAUCAGAUUGAGAAUGGUAACUAUGAUAAAGAAGUCAGUAGCAUGGGAAGUCGUUCUAGUUCAUCAGGGUCCCUGAAUGCUCGAAGCAGUACAGAAGAUCGAUCACCAGAAAACAUGGGCUCUUCUGUGACUGUGGAUAACUUUCCAGAAGUGGACAAGACUAUGCUGAUUGAGAGGAUAGUAAGGCUGCAGAAAGCUCAUGCCCGGAAAAAUGAAAAGAUUGAAUUUAUGGAAGAUCAUAUAAAGCAAUUGGUAGAAGAAAUUAGGAAAAAAACCAAAAUAAUUCAGAGUUAUAUCUUACGAGAAGAAGCAGGCACACUGUCAUCAGAAGCAUCUGAUUUUAACAAGGUCCAUUUGAGUAGACGAGGAGGCAUCAUGGCAUCUUUAUAUACUUCCCAUCCAGCUGACAGCGGGCUGACAUUAGAACUCUCUUUGGAGAUCAAUCGAAAAUUGCAAGCUGUUUUGGAGGAUACAUUACUAAAAAAUAUUACUUUGAAGGAAAAUCUACAAACACUAGGAACAGAAAUAGAACGUCUUAUUAAACACCAGCAUGAGCUAGAACAGAGGACGAAGCAAACAUAACAGAAAAUUCUUGCACAGUAAACAGACAAAAGCUGCAGAAGGAACAGGUGCUACAGACAUCGGUGGCGUUUUGAAGUUUUUCUUAUGAUUUUUGUGUCAAUCAGUGAAAGUAUGUUUUUGCCUGUUCAAUACAAAUUUGUCAAAAUUGAACUUUUUGAUAUGACCCAUCCUUCCAGAAAGCUAUUCUCUGACCAUUUGAAUGAAUUGCUGCGUGUACUGUAAGUAGCAUAAGCUUCAAGAUUUUAAUUGCUUGCACUGUGGAAUAUAACAUUCUAUUAAUGAUGAAUUUUUUAAAAGAUUGUUUAAUUUGCUAAUAGUCAUAUCAGAUGCUGAAAAAUACUAUAAGGGCUUUCAAACACUAUUUUUCCAUCUCUCUUCCCAUUAACAUGCCUUAUACAUAAAAGGUGAUUCAGCCUUUUUAAAAUAUGCAUGAAAAGACAGGCGUUAAAAACCAUUCAUUAAUAUGCACUUUCUUACUCUAAAAUAAGCUGAACACAAAUAACUAUAAUACAUUAACUUUGGAAUUUUCAUUACAUUUUGCCAUAUGUGGUAGAUUGUAUUUGGUUUUGUGACUUAAUUUUUAAAUUGAUAUUUGAAGUGGAGUAGAAAAGUUAGCUAAUAGUGACAAUGUGUGUAGUAUCCAGAGAGAAGUUCAAAUAUUUGUUUUUCUCAGUGUUUGGUUUGGACAUUAAGCUUUUCCUACAACUAGAUACCUUUUUUUUUAGUACCUAUGCAUGGUUCGUUGUAUUUAAAUGCUUCUCAUUUUCACAAAUAUUUUUUGAUUGAUAGCUAAAUGAUUUCCUAGAAUUCAUUUCCAUAAAACUGAUUCCCCAUAGUAUGUCUUUAAAAAGUUUUCAUUGAUUUAAAUUCAAAUUUUAAAAUUUGUUCUAGUCAGAACAAUAGGCUCUGUUUUAGAAGCCAUGAUAUAUGUAUAUUCCUAUAAGAAGAAAAAAUGUAAUAGUGUUUGGAAUCCAAGUCACAAGGAAAAACAGCAUUCAUAUGUUUUGUCAAGACAUUUUAUUUGUAUCCUUUUCCUUUGCCUUGGUAGGUCCAUUUUAUACUGUAAAUUAUAGCAUCAUUUCUCAAAAAUUAUUAUAUUUUUAUUUAAAACACACAAUCACCUAUGUGUAACCAAAGGAUUUUUAGAGCCAAAUGCAUAUACCUAUUGAGAGAUUUUACUAUAUUUAUUUAAAAUAUGUACUUCAUUUUUCUGAGGGUUAUCAAUAGUAAUUCUUACAUAAAUUCCAUUAGGACAGGGACCAUUUUUUAUCUGUUUUUCUUCCAUUGCCUAGUCAGUGCUUUGCAUAUAAUAGGCAUUUAAUGUUUAGUGUUUCUUGAAUAUUUUCUCUUGUCAAGAUGCUACUUAAAUUUGCCCUCAUCCCUUAGAAUUUUCACAUUCAUUCAUGUACAUAAAUUUCAUUACAUUCAGAUUGUUGUUGUGAAUACAAUGCCUUGGCUAAUAUUUGGUGGUUAUUACUGUCAAAGUGAUUAGUUUUUGUUUAAUUUCAAAAAAUUUUAAAGGGAAAUGGAUCCCUGUAGGCUCUGGUUAUUGCUCUUGAAAGUGUUUUUUUUUUUUUAAAGAAAACUGAACUCUACAGGAGGAUCCAUCAUGGUACAUCCCUUUUAUUUGUUUUAAAAUUCUACUUAUUAAUUUGACAAUGUUAAAAAAAAGAAAUGUGCUAAAUAAGGCUAAUAUUUAAAUGCUUAAUUUCUGUGGUGCAGCUUAUAUUUUCUGUACAUUUAAUUCAUAUACAUCUCGUACCCAACUCCUAUUCAGAAAUUCAUAAAAUUAAAUUCAGUGAAGAUUGUUUAUGUUAGCUGAGAAUUAGUAUUGAUAUGCCAUAAUGUGUCUUAUUUUUCAUAUGUAUAAUUUAUGAAAGUAAAAAAUGAAUAACUGUAUAGGGUAAGUGCAAUCAUACCUGUCUUUUUCUCCCCAUUAUUUUAGGCCUUCAUUGACACUCCUAGUGACUGCUUACUAUAGCCAGAUUUUUGCUCCUGUAUAAUCAAACCAUGCUUGAUUUGUCAUAUAAAUGUAUCUAUGAGUUACAAUUUUAGUUUUUUUCCAUCUAUGAAUCAUAUACCCAGGAGGCCAAGAUAAUUAUGUAUCCAUUAUGUACUAUUUAGAUAAACUUUUAAAAUUUCUAUAUUUCUCAGAUGGAAAUAAAUUAUUCUAGUAUUUAUGUUUGCCCAUGUCCAUUUGAAUAAAUCUUUACUAGGAAGUUAGUUUUUGGAAUAAAGCCAUUAGAAAGUGUGUUGAUCAUGUUCUUAUUUCUAAUAUAAGUACAAGACAUUGUAGACAUCCUUUGAAGAAAAUAUUUUACUUUUUUUUUUUAAACGAUAUACACUUCAGCCUUAUAUAUCUGGAUCAGGACUGAGAAAAAUGAGGGCAUACAAAAAUCCAGAUUCUCCAGAUAGAUAACUAGCUGUAUAGAGAACACAGUAGAUUUAUACCUAGUUCAUUGUGUAAGCAAAUGCAAUAGUAUUUGUGUAGACUCUUGUUAUUUAAACUAUAUGGGAAAAAAUGAGGGAAAGGUAGUUCAGAGACCUGGAAAAAUAACAUGUAUGCUCUUAAAAAGAAAAUCAUACUCAUUAAAGACUCAAUACAUUAUUGGUAUCUUCAGCUAGGUAUCAGUAUUUUAGGUUCUCUGGAUAGUGGGGAAUAGCAUAUGUAUAAGUUAUCACAUCUUAAAAAGUAAAUAUAAGUAUUAAAAAUUACUGACAAUUUUCUCAUAGUAAUUCAACUCUUAACCCUUCAGCCAGUUUUGUUUUGUUUUUAAGAAUUAUAAAUGGAAGAUUUAGCAUGAGGGUAUAAAAAGAAGGGUAGUUUUUGAAUUACUUUUUAAAUUAAGCAAUGUCUUUUUCUCAUAUGCCCUGUUUUCUCUGCUGCACACAUGUGAGGAAUAUUUUUUUUUCCUAAUUAUAUAAUCUUGUGCAGUUUGGAAUUUUUUAGUGUGUGCAUUUAUAUUCAUAGAUUUGUUAUCGGAUUACAUAUGCACAAAUAUUAUUUAAAUAUGUAAUGAUUUUUAACCAUGGGCGGGGUCAUUGAUGAAUGGAAUUCAAUUCAUGGAAACAGAUUUAGGAUAUCCAAUUUUUAGAAGUCAUUUCAAGGGUAAUUACUGUAUAAUUCAGUUCUAUUGAGGUGAUCAAGCUAAGGGAUUGAUAGAGAAUAACCAAAGAUACCAAUUUAGUUUUAUAUUUUCAGAAAAUCAGUUCUAAGGACACCUGUUAUAGAUAACAUGGCCCUUUAUAACAGGUUAGGCAAAUGUUAGGGAAAUUUUAGGCAUAUGUAUAGUUCGAUGGCCCAAUGUUGCUUUGAGUAAAUUCUUUUUUUUUUUUAAAGGAAUGCUUUGUCUUACUGAAAGAGAUUACUGUGGUUCCACAGAUUUUUCAGCAUUAACCAGACUUUGAUACUUAUUUAUUUUUUCUUUUAAGAAAACUCUUAUAACAUAUGGCAUUGGCUUUCUAGUAAUGUUUUUAGAUUACUAAUGCCAACUGGUAUUGCUGACAAACGCAUCUAAUUAUGUUGAAAUAUCAUGUCAGUUUCUUAAGCCAAAAAAAAAAUUCCUUUUGCAGUAUGUUUAAAUUCAUUCUUUCCUACAAAGUUUUACAUGUGAAUUUAAAACUAGAUUUCAAAAAAAACCUUUAGACUAUGUUAAUACUUUAAAUACUUCAUGGCACCCUGGUGAAAAUCUUUUAUAGGCCAUCUUUUCGUUCAUUGUGCUUUCCUGUUCUUGUGCAUAUUGGCUCUAGUGACUUGUGGGUUCCCCCCCCCCAAUAACCUUAAAAACAAAAUCCUUUUGACACUUAAGAACAUUGCUCUUUUUAGAAUCUUUAUUGCCAGUUGGUGGCACUAUUAACCAGAAUUUCAAAAGAGAUAAUUAAUUGAAAAUGUCUCCAAAUAUUAAGAUUUUUGAACAAAAUGAUUAAAUGAUGGUAUAGUUGUAUAGUAAAGAUGUAUUUUUAUUCCAGAAUGGAAAGUUUUUUAAAAAAUUUCUGUGUGUCCAUCUGUCUGAAGUGAAAUUUGUUUAUAUUCCUGGAUAUGUGCAUAAUAGACACUUUGAUUUCAUUAAAAUGUUAAUUUUGUAGAUAUGAUUCUGUAUAAAUGAAGUUUUUAAAGAAGUCAUCAAAAGUUCCACUGUAUAUAUUAUACUAUUAAAAAGAAAACAUCUGCAUACUAUAA